GAAUACAACCAGUUGCCUAUCCCGCUCGACACGACGCAUCAGUUAUGUGUGCAGAUCGACGCAGUCUUGCGGACGCUGGGCCGUAGCAAGAACAAGUGAGUUACAUCCAUCAUCCAUCUUCAGAGUAAUACAGUAACAUCCCCCUUAAUAUCUUUGCGUCAUGCAGAAUCGCCUACACCCUAGCCACCGCCAUCCUCGUCAAAUCCACCUGCUCCCUCCUGCAUCUCGACCAGUGCUGGGACAUCGCCGGCCUCCUGAGCUCGAUCGUGGCCGUCCUCCUCGCCGCAGCCGCCGACUACUCCGCCAUGGACGAGGCCACCGCUGCCGAACUAGUGGACAUGCACCCCGCAACAUACAAGGACAUCAUGGCCCACGCGCUCCGGGACCGCGGUCUGGGGUAUUCUUCUAUCCUUCCGGUGGCGGUCCCCUGCACCACCAACGGUGGUGGCAGCGGAGUCCUCAGCGCAGACGACAAGCUCGAGGAGUUCGUGAUCCAGGACUUCGUUGCGUCCGGCACCACCGCCGCGGUGCAGGAUAUCCACGUCACCUGGUACCGCAACAACCGGACGGUGGUGCGGCUCCUGCCGCCGGGCCAGCAGGAUACGCGGACCACCUCCGGGGAGGCGCAGGCGUUUCGGUUCUUCGAUGGCGUCGGGUAUCUCGUGUCGUUUGGGACGGGGUAUCUGGCGGAGUUUAGUAUGGAGGAGGAGGAUGAGAUGGCGGGGGGCAUUGUGCGGGCGUGGGAGGAGGGGAGGUUUAUGGAAGAGAGGAUGGUGCUGGGGGUGAGCUCGAUUGAGAAGGGGGUGGAGUAUGUGAGUUUGUAUGUUGAUGUUGAUGUU